UAUACGCACAAUGAGGAGCUUCAGCUUAAUAUCAGCUUUACUUCUCUGCAGCCUCAGCUGGAUCUCUGUCUCAGCUUCUGAGUCUCACACUGUGGAGGUCCAGUCUGGUGGAGACGUCACGCUGAUGUGCUCCAACAUUUCCAGAGUUAUAACUACAACAGAAUGGUUCAGAGUGAUCAACAGAACCAAGCCCAGCUGUGUCUCCUCUAUGUACGGGUCUGAUGGCAAACCUUCGUUCUGUGAUGGAUAUCAAAAUAGAUUUGAGAUGAGCUCCAACAUCUCUACUGUCUUUCUUAAAAUCAAGAGAGUGGAUUUAUCUGACUCUGGACUGUAUUUCUGUGGAUUUUACAUAGGAAGACAUACAGUCAUCGCUGGUGCAACACAUUUAAAAGUCCAAGGUAACAGUGAAUCUGAUUUUGGAGUGGAUUUAAAUAAAGAAAGUAAGGAUUCUGAAGGAAUGACAAACGUCAUGAUUGUGAUCCUGGGUUCUCUGACUGUUCUGACUGUUUUCCUCACUAUAGUCGUCACUGUUCUGACUGUUAAAAUCAGGAAACUUCAGACAGCUGUGAUUGAAGAACCGCAGCCAGAAAGAAACAAGGUGAACCCAGCAUUAACUUAUAUAAACUAUGACCUGAACUACGCAGCUCUAAAUUUCCAGGCAAAACCCAAAAGAAGCCGCAGGCCUGCAUCAGAGAGAGAUCUGGAGCCACAUGUUGUGUAUGCUGCUACCAGAUAG